AUGGCAGGCAAGACUCGGCCCUGAACCUCACCACUAACGGCACAAACAGCAUCAGCAUGUCAGUGGAGCUCAAUGGAGUGGUGUACACUGGCGUUCUUUUUGCUCAGGCAGCAGCAGGGUUGUCCUCGUCUGGAGCGUCUGCGUCGUCCCUCCCCAACAAGCCCGUCAGCAGUCGCGUCGCUCCGCAGCAGCAGCAGCAGCAGCAGAACACACCUACCUCAACCUCCAACAACCCGUUGUCUUAACAAACUCCAACACCUUCCACUUCUUCUUUUUUUUUUUGAAUUGCCACGCAAAGAAAAAGCCAAAAAGCAACCUCAUUUUUUACACCAUCAAUGCCAAAAUAAAAGAAGAGAAGAACCGUCAUCAGUACAGAAAGACAAACUGAAUCUCAGCUCACUUGAAGUACACUAUCUCAGGUUUUCUCUCACAAACUCAUCUCUUUUUGUUCUUCAACGCCAAAAGGAUUAAAAAAUAUAUAUCCCAAAUGAGAGCCAGUAUAUGCUAAACUUCUAUGUAUGCACAACCUGUGAAUUAUUUAUUUCUGCAUAAAUGUACAGAAUAUUUGGAGAACAACAGAGAAGGUUGGAGAACAAACUAGGAAGGCUAAAGAAUUGUUUACACCCACAAACACAGCUACUGACUGACAAUGAUCCUCCAGAGGAGAUACUUUUUUUUAUUUUAACCUUUCAUUGUCAUUAUUAUCUUUAUUGUUAUUUUGUGUGUCAUCUUUGAAAUCUUUAACCAUCUUUU